UCUGUGAUUAGAGGUCCGGUCCGUGUGACAUCAGCAGGCGGAGGGUUUGGCCUGGCUGCUGUUUUCCUCCUCCGUGAUAAAAGCAUGCGGAGCCGCUUCCACGGCGCCGUGUCUCCGUCUGUGUCCACGCCGCGUCUUCAUUAGACGGACCAGAAGCGACGCGGGCUCCGGCCACAGGACGCGGAGGAUCGGAUCGGAUCCCAGCCUCCUCACGCUAUGUUGGGCAACAAGAAGAAAGCAGCCCCGGGGCUGAAGAACGGAUCCGGGACGCCCGAGUUGAAGGCCAUCGACCCUCUGAGGAACCUGGGAGUUCAGGAGGAUGAAGACGUGAAGCAGAUGCUGCGAGGCUCCAGUAUGGUGAAGGUCCGCUCCCCUCGCUGGCAGAAGAGGCGAACGCUGAAGCUGCUGGAGGACGGAGUGACCGUCUGGUGCCAGUCCCACAAGACGUCCAGCCGGGCCAAGGAGCAGCAGUCCUUCUCCAUCACGGAGGUGGAGUGCAUCCGGGAGGGCUGCCAGUCGGAGACGCUGCGGCGCAUGGCCGACUCGGUGCCCGAGGCCUCCUGUUUGACCGUGGUCUUCAAGGGGCCCCGGAAGAGCCUGGACCUCCUGUGUCACAGCCGGGAGGAGGCCCAGCACUGGGCCCGAGGCAUCCGAAAGCUCCAGGAGCGGGUGCAGAACAUGACCCAGAAGGAGAAGCUCGACCAUUGGAUCCAUGCUUACCUGAGCCGGGCCGACCAGAACCACGACGACAAGAUGAGCUAUGAAGAAGUCCAGACGCUGCUGCAGAUGAUCAACGUGGACCUGAGUGACCAGUACGCCCGCUGCCUGUUCCAGAAAUGCGACCGGUCCGCUGACGGCCGUCUGGACCACGGGGAGAUCGAGGUCUUCUGCAGGGAGCUGCUGCGCAGGCCGGAGCUGGACGCCGUCUUCAUCCGCUACUCGGCCAACGGCUGCGUUCUGUCCACCGUGGACCUGAGGGACUUCCUGAAGGACCAGGGGGAGGACAGCUCGCUCGUCCAUGCCCAGAGCCUCAUCCUCACAUAUGAACUGAAUGAGUGGGCCCAGAGGAACCAGUUCAUGACUCCCAAUGGGUUCACCAUGUACAUGCUGUCUAAGGAGAACUGUGUCUUCAACCCGGAGCACGCCGUGGUUCACCAGGACAUGAAGCAACCGCUGGCGCAUUACUUCGUGUCGUCAUCCCACAACACCUACCUCACUAAGACCCAGCUGACGGGCGACAGCAGCACGGAGCCGUACAUCCGAGCCCUGAAUCACGGCUGCCGCUGCGUGGAGCUGGACUGCUGGGACGGCGACAAGGGCGAGCCGGUCAUCUACCACGGACACACGCUCACCUCCAAAGUGCCCUUCGUCGAGGUCAUUGAGACCAUCAAUGAAUAUGCUUUCAAAGCUUCCCCGUACCCGCUGAUCCUUUCCCUGGAGAACCACUGCUCCGUGGAGCAGCAGGCGGUCAUGGCCCAGCACCUGCGCUCCAUCCUGGGGGAGAAGCUGCUGAGAAAGCCCCUGGAUGGGCUGGACCCUCACACGCUGCCUUCUCCAGAGGAUCUUAAAGGUAAAAUCCUGGUCAAGGGGAAGAAGGAGCAAGCGGUGGAGUGCUCCUCUGGCUCCUCGGACAUCAGCUCCUCAGACGAGGAGGCUGAAGGCGGAUGCAGGAGCAGGAGAGAGGACAAGAAGGCCCAGCCGGCCUCUGCCUCCAAACUGAGUCCAGAGCUGUCAGAGCUGGUCGUGUACACCCGCAGCGUUUCCUUUAAAAGCUUCGAGCAAGCGGCUAAAAGCCCGGCCACCGACAUGUCCUCCUUCUCUGAGAGUGACGCCCUCAGGCUCAUCAAGGACUCAGGGAUGCAUUUCGUUCGUCACAACAGCCACCAGCUCAGCAGGAUCUACCCCUCGGGCCAGCGCCUCCAGUCCUCCAACUACAACCCUCAGGAGAUGUGGAAUGCCGGCUGUCAGAUCGUCGCUUUGAACUUCCAGACGCCAGGCGAGCAGAUGGACCUGAACCAUGGCCGCUUCCGGCAGAACGGCCAGUGCGGGUACAUCCUCAAGCCUCCCUUCAUGUGCCGCCCCGACACCACCUUCAAUCCGGAGAACGUCGGCGGGGGUCCGGGUCACAGGCCCCAUUUGCUGACUGUUCGUGUUAUUUCAGCUCAGCAGCUGCCUAAACCUCAGUGGGACAAGCCCAGCUCCAUUGUGGAUCCUCAGGUGUGGGUGGAGGUACACGGCGUUCCCAUCGACAACGACAAGAAGAAAACGCACUAUGUGGAAAACAAUGGCUUCAACCCUCGGUGGGACUGUACCUUUAACUUCACCGUUCAUGUCCCGGACCUGGCUCUGGUUCGCUUCAUGGUGGAAGACUACGACUACACGUCCAGGAACGACUUUCUAGGACAAUGCACUCUGCCUUUCACAAGCCUGCGCACAGGCUACCGUCACGUCCGCCUGCUGAAACUGGACGGCUCCAGUCUUUCGCCUGCGUCGCUCUUCGUGCACGUCAAGCUCACCCCCUGUCAACGGAGCCCGUCCAAAUAACCGCACCCGCUCUGUGCCCCAGUGAAACGCAUGGUGUGCAUGUAUGUAAAGAGAAGAAAAUACACUAGUGCUUAUAGCCAAAUACGAAACCUUUCCCAAAGCUCUCGAUAGAAGUGGUGGUGGGCAGGUUUUAUUGCACAUCAGUCAAAAUGACUGAUAGAUGCCAGCACUUAUCUUUAUGCUUGGUUUUAUUACUCUUUUAACUGAUUGAAUGAUUCCUGCUUGUUUAUGUCUGCAUAGUUUUAAUAUUCUAUGACCAAAGUGUGGCGCUAGCAGCAUAUUCAUGUAUUCCUAGUGUCUGAUGUGUCUUGGUAAGCCUGCUGUUACUGUGCUGAUCCGAACUACAUGGGUAGUUAGAGACUUGAUAGGUGGCAUGUGAAGCAGCCGCCCUCUUUGGAGAGUCCUCGUUGGAGGAUUACUUGAGUUUUUAAUGAUAAUUUAUUUCUAAUACAUUUCUCAAACAUGGAUGCACUGCUCCACUUUUAACUUUACACUAACAGCAUGUGACGUGUAGGAAAUAGGUUCUUGAGAUAAAGGCAGUUGUAACAAGCAUACUUAUGCAUGAAAACACACCAGAUGCAGGUGAGAAGACCACGUGGUGGCAUCACAAGCCCUUCGGAUCGCUACAAGGAAGCAGUGGGACGUAAAUGAAGUUCAUUUAACACACAUGUAUUGAACAUGCAUGUGAAAGGUCAAAGGUCAAGCCAGUCACAUCCUCAUACCACUGCACUGGAGAUGUUCAGAUCCUGAUGCAGCUGUUGAUACAGUAUCACUGUAAUACUGGGUAAAAAUUAAUAUUUAGUAUAAUAUAUCAAAAGCCAUGAAGAAAACAUAAUCUCAAAAUCUUCUUCAAAAUCUACGUUUGACCCACAUCAGAGGUCGUUUUAUAUUAGAAACUAGUGUCUUACAGUAUGUUCAGUGGAAGCAGAUAAGGAAGAUGCUUGUUGUUUAAUAGCCACAGGAAUAUUACUCUAAAUCGACUGGGACCAAACUCUACAGCCUAUGUAUGAUGUUAUUAGGUAGCUAACUAGAGUUUUAUAUUAUAAACACACAUUAUGCAAUAGCAAAGUGAUGAUGUGAAGUAGACAUAAUGUAGCAGCUGUGUUUUUAGCUUCUUAGAGUAGAUUGUGGCAGUAUUUGAUACUAUUUUUUUUGUGUGUUCAUAUAUUCUGUUACAGCAGAGUCUGUCUUCUUUUAGGCCUCCUAUUGUACGUUGUGUUCUGUUUUUAUACACUGCUGUUUUAGUAAGGGAGCAAUCGAAAAUAUUUUUUUGUAGAACUUUGAACAGAGAAUCUUGAGACUUUUAGGGGAUUUUGAUCAAUCAAGUGAAGAUGAACAGAGCACUUAUCAUCAUUGUUUUGUCAAGUGAAUUUGUUGAAAUACAUUUUUUGUGUAAUUUUCAAUGAAACAUAUAAAUAUAAUGAGACGAUUGUUGAAUUAGUGUAUAAUCAGCAUUUUUUCAAUAUUUAUUUGUCACUGUAAAUUAAUUUCAGUUAUUAUUCCUGUUUGAGACAAUAUGCAUUCAAACCUUCUACUGUGUUGAAUGAUACACACACAGGUAAAAGCAUCUGCUUUAUAUAAAUCAGGUAUCAACUGCAGCAAAACGGUUACUGUACAAUAAAACACACUGACAAUAUUGUAUGUUUUUUGCACCUUGGGUUACAAAAUGUUACUUAUGUAAACAUGUGAGACAUAGUCCUGUAUACACAAGUAUUAUAUAGACGUUAAACAUUAUCAUUAAAUGUAAUAUUAAACAUUCUGAGAACAGUA